ACGUGGGGGGCGCGCGGCGCGGCGCGGGGGUGGCGCGGGGGAGACGUGAGGGCUGCACGGGUCGCAGCUGUUAGGGACCCGACUCGAGACGCAGCGCCUUCUCUCGGUGGAGCGCGGAGCUGAGCAUGCUGGGGGCCAUGCAGAGGGCUGGGGCUGGGGCCCGCAGAGCCUCCGACUGUGGGCCUGUCCCUUAUCGGCCCAGGUGCAUCACCAAGUUUGCCCAGUAUGUGGGCUCCUUCCCCGUGGACGACCUGGAUACACAGGAGAGCGUGUGCCUAGUGCAGCAGCAGCUGUGGGCCCUGAAGGACUGUCCCCGACGCCGGGCGGUCAUCCUGAAAUUCAGCCUUCAGGGUCUCAAGAUCUACAGCGGGGAGGGAGAGGUGCUCCUGAUGGCCCAUGCUCUGAGACGCAUCUUCUAUGCCACUUGGUGCCCAGCUGCCUGCCAGUUUGCCCUUAUCGCCCGGAACCCACGUAGCCCAGCCAGCAAACUCUUCUGCCACCUUUUUGUGGGCAGCCAGCCUGGAGAGGUCCAGAUCCUGUACCUGCUGCUGUGCCGCUCCUUCCAGCUCGCUUACCUCUUGCAGCACCCGGAGGAGAGGGCACUGCCUGAGCCAUGCAUGGGAUCUGCAGGAGACGUGUCCCCGAAGCCACUCUGCAGCCCUGGGGGGCCCCCUGCCCUGGUGCGAGAGCCCUUUAGCCGAGAUCAGCUCUCACAGACCGUCCAUGCCCUGGUGUCCUUCCGGCGGCUGCCAGCAGAGGGGCCACUGGGCAGUAGUGGGAAAGAGCUGCCAGAGCCAGAGGGCCGUGGCAGCGGCCGCCACACUCGUCUGGGGAACCCCUACUGCUCACCCACACUGGUGCGCAAGAAGGCCAUUCGCAGCAAAGUGAUCCGCUCAGGAGCCUACCGUGGCUGCACCUAUGAGACGCAGCUACAGCUGUCUGCUAAAGAAGCCUUUCCUGCUGCAUGGGACGCGUGGCCCCGCAGUCCUGGUGGCCCCUCGUGCCUGGUGGAGAGUGAGGGUAGCCUGACGGAGAACAUCUGGGCCUUUGCUGGCCUCUCCAGACCCAGCGCCCUAGCUCUCCUGCGGAGAGAUGUGCAUGGGGCUUUUCUGCUGUGGCCUGAGCUGGGAACCAGUGGCCAGUGGCACCUGUCUGUGAGAACACAGUGUGGCGUGGUGCCCCACCAGGUCUUCCGAAACCACCUGGGCCGUUACUCUCUGGAGCACCUGCCAGCAGAGUUCCCCAGCCUGGAGGCCCUGGUGGAGAGCCACGCGGGGAUUGAACGCAGCCUCUUCUGCCCCCUCAGCAUGGGCCGCCUGAACCCCACCUAUGAGGAGCAGGACUGUGGGCCAGAGGGCAGGCCUCCCAGGACUCUGCGGCCCCUCAGUCACGCCAAGUCUGAAGCGGAACUGCAGGGCCUGGGUUAGGAGGCGCGCCCUUGCUCCUCUGCAGGCCUGGACUCAGCCUGGCUUCUGGACCUCAGCAGUUGCUCUGCCCUUCUUGCAUCCCACUCACUGGUCACCGGCUCCAGGAAGGUCAGUGUGCCCCUUGACCAGUCUUCCAUUGCUUAACUGUGGCCUCUCCCAUGACUUGGGGCCUUCUGAGAUGCCAGGAUGAGCAGGUGGUGCUUUAGGUUCCUGUAAUGCCAGAUGACUUGCAUUGUGCACUUGCCACUGCUGGACCCCCACUUCCAUCUUCACUCGAGGUCUUUCCCUGGUGGUUCAUGGUUAGCGGCACAGCUUUCAUCGAAGUAGGCCAGGCCUCACAUGGACUGGAAGCCCCAGAGAGUUCAGGAAAGGAAACUAAAUUGUAAGUUUGGGGGGGGGAGGCUUAUUUCCUCUAGUCACUCCACUGGGAGGGGCCAGCAGUGAGCUCCCCUGCUCAGCCUACCCUGUAGACCGUAGUCAGUUUGAUGGUUGCCCUGGGAAGUCAUCUGAUGUUGGCAUUUAAUAUAGCAAUGACUACUGACCAUGCCUGGCAGGAGUCACCUCUUUCCCCAGGCCAACCUCCCUGGGGAUGGGGCUAAAUGGAGCCAUCUGAAGGUUCAACUGGUGUAAGCCCUGGAGAUGGGGCAUGGCUUCUGCAUGAGGUGGUCCAGGGGUACAUUCUAGUGGAAGGCAGUGGCUCUGCUGAUGAGUGACAAAUCUAAGUGUCUCCUUUGUAAGUCGACUUGACAAAUAGUAAUCUCCUCAACUAAGGAGACAAGCUUGUUUUGGAGGUAGAAGUCUAAGGGUGUGUGGGUGGGAAAUCACUGGUUAGUGCCUUGGAAGUCUCUGGAUUCUGACUGCAGUGGGAAGAAGGCAGCCUCAGCCGAGCAGAAAGGAGGCAAGCCUGGGAGUGAAAAGGUGGCACAUGCUGCCUGUCUGCUGGGACAUGACCUUAGCCACGUCCUUGCCAUUCCUUCCAAGUUAAGGGAGAAGUCCUGUCACAAAGGAUAGAAGCAAGGGGCCCUUGUAGAACUUCCCAUGGGAAACAGUGCCCACUUCAUACUGAAGUAGGUGGGAGGCUGGGACCUGUCCCAAGCCAUUUCUGCUGGCCUGCCCUCCCUUGGGUGGGGCCUACUUCCCAGUGAGAAGGAGAGGACUUAGUACAUCUUGUACCCCAGGUUUCAACCUUGGAGAGUGCACCCAAGGAAACCCAUAAGUGGCCACUUGGCCAGGACUCAGAUCCAGGAGGUUCGGUUUAUAAUGUAAUUGUCCACAUGGGUAACAACAUUCAUUCACACAUGCUUUUUAACAUUCCUUCCAAAAGCGUUAAUUGAUCAUAUGUUACCAAUAGGGAAAGCUUUGGGACCCAUCUGUAUGGAUUGCUUGUCUUAAUUAUAGACCACAGUUUUGUCUUUGUACUAACCACCACCACUACUGGGGAGCCUGGC